AUGGAUUCGAGUUUUUUUUUCAAUAAUUCUGAUCUGGAUGAGAGUAUCGGCCAAUUGUUGUUAGACUCUGAUGCUGAAGAUAGUGAUGGCGAGAUAGAUGAUUCACAGGCAGACGCUCUACUUCUUUGUCCAAAAAAUGAUUCUUAUUGCGAUUCUGCUUCAAUGAGUACAAUUAGCAGUGAUGAUGAUAGCGAGAGAUGGACAAGCGAUGCUGAAGCUGGCAAUAGACGGAACUUUUCGGAUCAUCAUGGGUCAGAUAAUACAGAUUGA